AUGGUAAUAGUAAUAAUAUCACUCAAAAUAAUCGAAUAUAUCAAAAAAACAAAUAUUAAAAUUGUAAUCAAUAGUAAUGUAUGUAGAAUUCAAUUUAGUGUAGUACCAGACAUGACAGGACAGGAAGUGGAUGAUUACCAAAUCUAG